AUGAUACCCCAACGAACAUCUGCGCAUGCCUUGAUGGUUCAGCGAACGCUUCCGAUUGGAAGACGACCGCGGAUGAUGAUAAAGAUUAAAACUCAUGUAUAUAGAAACCAAGUGAGAUGCUACGCAAUUAGUUCCAAAAAUAACUCAUUUAAAAGUCAACCUGCCGAGAACGAAUUAGUUAAUGAAGAGUCGAAUCAAAAGUUGAAUGGCUUCUUCUGUAAUAAUAAGACUUCUGCUGAUAUAUCACCAACUAAAAAUUUUGAUGAAGAAAGAACCAUACCGUCGUCUCCAGUGAUCGUGGGAAACCCCAAAAAUUCAAUUAUAGUUUCUGAAAAUUCUGAAAAUUCAAAUUCCACGACUUCCUAUAAACACAAGCUAUCUAAUACAAUCAGAUCAUCAUUGCAUUACUAUACCAAAAUAAUUAAUCAACCGAAGCUUUACGAACCCCAGCCAUACUUCAAAAAACUCAUUUAUUUCUUUAGAGGAAAAACUGUUCAUGAUAUGGUUAAUCAAAAAUACUCAUAUGAUGAGAUGUUCUCUCAGAUUCCUGUGAUUGGGUCUUUGGUUGAAAUUCGAGACAGUGAUGAUGGCGGCAGUAUCCAUUUUGGUAUCGUAAUUGGAGAACAGAAAGGAAAAUUUCAUAGUGAGCUUGCCAAAGUUGAAGUAUUUACUAUCGAGGGCAAAAAAAAGAAAUUUAAAAUUGGUGACAUUAGCUUCCAUCUAUACAAUAUGUUUCACAGUGAGAAGAUUGCUCGAGUGUUCGGUGUGAAGGAGGAAAAAGUGUUUUAUGAUCAAGUGAAACAGAGAUAUCUUGAUAAUGAAGAGAACCAAGAAUUAUUAAGAAAUCUGAUGAUUUAUUUAUUAAAUGUUAGCAUCAAUUUCAUGAAAAUUAUGGAACAUAGAAAGAUGGAUGAUGUUGUGUUUUCCAAGCUAUCAAGAAACAAUUCAAUCAAUGGACUAACCGUUGACAACUACAUUCAAGAAAUGCCAAUUUUUUCAAAAGAUAUUAGACUUUUCAAUGAGAGUUCUUCUUUGAUUGCCAAAAACAAAUUCAAUCGAAUACUUGUGUUCCUAUCUUCUUACUUGACACUUACCAAUAAACCAGCUAACUAUAUGAUGAUUCAGCAUAAUGGAAAUAAUCUAGUCUAUGAAGAACUGAAAAGGUUUUCUUCUUUCCAACCUAAUGUGUCAUUUAUUGCUAACUCGGUUUACAAUUCCAUGUUAUUACUGGAAGGCUUAAAUCCAGUCGCUAGUUCAGAGAUUACUGGGGAUGAACUGUUAUCGGAAAAGCACUUCUCGAAUUUCAUCAAUGAAGUGAAUGAUAUUUUGAAUAAUGAUAGCAUUGAUGACACAAAUAAGUUCUAUAAAUGGGCUAAUGGCUCCAUGUUCAUCACUAACAAAGAUCGUCAGAUUUAUGAAAUUAUUAUUAAUUUAUUCAAAUACUAUAUUGUAUAUCCACAUCAGCGAUUACAGGCUCAGCUUCACGGGAUCAUUAGUCAGAUCAAGCCAAAUACUAAUGAAGAAGUUGAUUUUUUAGUGAACCCUGAAAGCACGGAAUCAUUAACACAAAGCAAAGCGUUUAACUUCUUGAAAUAUUUUGGGAUUUACAAAGACGACACGGACAUUUUCCUCUCCAAUAAUUUUCUAGCAUCAAGAAUUCCGAAGGUUACCUCAAUGACUCAGUCGGUCAGUACCAUCUCUCAAUUGUUCAACGAUCCCAGUAUUAGCAGCAAAGACAUAGAUUUCUAUAGAUUCUGGUCUUUCGAGCCGGAAUAUCAAGAUAGUCUUGAUCAUUUGAAACGAAAAUUAGAAAUUCAUGCCUUUGGUUUAUUCCCCAGGGAGGUUAAUGGUGAACUUGUUUCUGAGUUGGCAGUAUCAAGGGUUGGGCAACCUGAUGGCUCCUAUGUAUUUAGAAUACAUGUACCUGACCUCGGCUCUUCAAUUUAUCCUAAUUCGCCUUUAUUAAAGCAUUUGGUAUUGAGAGGUCGGGACUUGAAUUUUCCAAAUGGAAAGCUUGGUUUUGUUCCAGAUAGCUUGAUUGAAAACUUGGCGUUUAAAGAUUCUACUGUUAAAAAAGGAAGGAAGUUCAAUUGUUUGACAUUCUCCUUCAGAUAUUUCCCAAUGGCUGAUCAUGUCAAGAAUUUUGAAAAAAUGAAAAUAAGUGUGAAAUUAGAACGUUUGGAAAAUAUCAAAAUCUUAACUGAUGAUCAAUUAUCUAAGGUUUUCUCUGAUAAAAUUGGGUUUUUCCAGGGAUUAUUCCAUACAGGUACCCAUGACCAGUUAGAUCUUGAUAGAUCAGAGAAAUAUUUCUUUCGCCACCUUCUCAACGCUUGUCAAAAAAGAUAUAACUUCAGAACUAGUAACGAAUCACUUCAAUGUGAAAUUGAUGAUAACGUGCCAGAAUUAACAGUCUGCCAGGUUAAUGAUGAAACUGAAGUAGAGAUGUUUGCAUAUGGACAUGAUAACGAAACACGAACUAUCAGGUUUCUAGAAAAAGAAUUAAGAAUGCUCGCAAAUGAAAUUGCCGCAAGGUUUGCCAUCAAGCAUAAAAUUCCAAUUUAUCACCAUUCUCAAACAAUUAUCGACACAUUCGCCCAAGAAAAAGAGGAAGAGAACUCUUCCGAUAAUGUGCUUAUCAAACCUCAAAGCUACCUAUUGCCAGAAUAUCGAGCAUAUUUGUAUGACCAUUUUGUCUUCCGAAAAAUCAAUGGUAAAGUAUUGCCAAAGGCCUAUUUCUGUGGAUUGAACUAUCUUGCUAAACCAAAAAUUUCCUUUAAUCCAAGUCAAAACGUAUGGUAUCCUGCAGAUGAUUAUGAUGAUGUGAUGAGAUACAAUGACUAUUCUGACUCAUCAAACGGGGUCUCACACCGUAAAUUCGGACUUGAAUUUGGGUAUGUUAAGGUCGACUCGCCAUUCAGUGAAUUAGAACAACUCAUAAAUCAAUGGCAAUUCAUUUUGCAUAUUCAAAAAGUAAAUGGCCCCAAGGUUAAAGAGAGUAGUUUGCCUAGAGCUAUGAAGAUAGCCAAUGAAUUAUCACAAAAAGGGUACGGUAAACCACUUGAUGUUGGAAGACUAGAAAACAUUUAUAACAAAUACAUUCUAUCCAAGGAUAUUGUUAAUGAUGAGUUGUUAUAUAAAACUACCCACUUUUGGACUUUAAAGUACUUAGAAAGAGAUUUGACAACCAGAAAUAGUGGUGAUAGCUCGCCCAUGUUUUUCUUCAAGUGCUUGGUAUCACAAGGCGCCAGUCAUCCAAAUUUGGCAACUGCUUAUUGCUUGGACUUGGGCAUAUUUGUUAAUAUUGAUAUAGCGGAAAGAGAGGAGGAGUUGGUAAUUGGUGACCAAAUUAUUUGUUCAAACAUUGAAUAUUUGAAUUCAGUAGAAGGGAAGUUGAUUUUGAGCAUUUAG